AAACAGCAAUCUCCAUGCAUCGAACCAACCUAAAGCUCCCUUUUUCACAUUUCUCUUAUACUCCUACAUCUCCCUCCACAUUUCACCAAACACCAACCACCACCACCAACUUCUCCGAUCCACAAACAUGUCUGAAAAAGAUUGCGGCCAUCACGACGACGAGAAAAAGAAGCUGUACCGCCGCUUGUUCGCGGCCUUACUAGCCUUCAUAAUCCUAGUCCUAUUCGUCAUACUCCUAAUAUGGCUCAUCUUACGUCCCACAAAGCCUCAUUUUAUCCUCCAAGACGCUACUCUUUACAAUUUCAACGUCUCCACGUCCACUAACUUUCUUACCUCAAGCUUCCAAAUCUCUCUGUCCUCCAGAAAUCCUAACAACCGAAUUGGAAUUUAUUAUGAUCGGCUCGAUGUCUAUGCCACGUACCGGAGCCAACAAAUCACGCUACCAACUCUACUCCCACCCUCGUACCAAGGCCACAAAGAUGUCUCGGUUUGGUCACCUUUUUUAAGCGGUAACAAUGUCCCAGUGGCGCCUUAUGUCGGAGAGUCACUGACUCAAGAUCAGAUGGCCGGCACUGUUCUGAUCAAUAUUAAGGUCUAUGGACGGGUUAGAUGGAAGGUGGGCACAUUUGUAUCAGGCAAGUAUCAUUUGAAUGUAAAUUGUCCGGCUUAUAUAACGUUCGGAGGCAAGGAUGACAAAGGUUUCGGAGUUGGACCGGGAAUUAAGUACGAAUUAGUUCAGAACUGCAAUGUGGAUGUUUGAUCUGAGAAAUCUCGAUCAUCGUUUUAAUAAGUAUAGCUUUCGUCUUGUAAAAUAAUUGGUCUGGUCUGGUCUGUUAAAGAAUUCUUAACUAGUGUAAGAUUCAGUACCUAAAAGCUCAUGCGUAUAUGCCAAGGGAUCAAUUGUCAGAAAUACUUUAUAUAUAAUUGGAAUGUCUGAAUGUUCUUUAUCUUCCA